AUGGUGCCCAAGAAUCGUCGAGUAGCAGUCAUUGGAGCUGGCCCUGCUGGAGCCAUUGCGACUGAUGCACUCGUCAAGGAGGAAGCCUUCGACACAAUACGCGUCUUUGAUCGACAUGCGGCAAUCGGUGGGACGUGGAUACACACACCACAUCUUCCAGCAGCCAUACCGUCUCUGAGAGACGUCUUGGCCGGAAAUACCGACGCUGCAAUCCCCAUUCCGGCUCAACUUCCCGCCGUGACCGCUGUAUCGGAACAAGUCAAUGGACACCAACACCGAUUCUCAGAUACGGCAAUCCAUCAGAAUCUUCACAGCAAUAUCACUCCUGAGAUCAUGUCUUUCAGCAAAGAACCCUUUCCCGACACCCUCUCAGAACACACUCUAUCUGAGUACGGCCGCGGGGCUCCGUUCAGGCAUCAUACAACCAUCAGGGACUGGGUGGAGGGGAUCUUUGGCCGAAAUGGCUACGACAAGCUUGUGGAGCUGAAUACUACUGUCGAGAGAGCCGAGAAGAUUGGUGGAGAGUGGGUUCUCACACUGAGGAAAGAGAAGCAAGGCAGGAACUACUGGUGGCGGGAGCACUUUGACGGCUUGGUUGUGGCAACAGGUCAUUACAAUGUGCCAUGGUUUCCCCAGAUCGAUGGGCUUCUGGAUUGGGAUACCAAGUUCCCGGGUAGCAUCGUGCACAGCAAGCAUUUCCGAGGGCCAGAAAGGUUCAAGGGCAAGCGUGUGAUUGUUGUGGGUGCAUCUGUCUCCUCGCAUGAAGUCAUACACGAGAUACUGGAUGCGGUCAAGGCCCCUGUGUACUCGGCUAUCCGGGGGGACCCGAUCCCAGCCUUUGGAUGGGAGCCAUUCCUGCACCCCAAGAUCGAGCUGAGGAAGCAGAUCACUCAGCUGGAUGCUGCGAACGGCCGCGUGCACUUCUCGGACGGGUCAAUCCUUGAUCAUGUCGAUCACAUCAUAUUUGGGACUGGUUAUACGUUUAGUGUGCCAUUCCUGCCAGAAGUUCAAAACGGCAUCAGAAAUGCGUAUCGAAGACUGCCAGGGGUGUGGCAGCAUACAUGGAAUAUCGAGGAUCCAACUUUGACCUUCGUUGGAAUGCUCGGAGGUGGCUUCACCUUUCGUGUAUAUGAAUACCAAGCGGUAGCGGUAGCGCGUCACCUUGCCGGGAGGGCCAAGGCUUUGCCGCCAAUCCCGGAUCAGCUUGAGUGGGAACGCAAACGGGUGGCAGAAAAGAAAGGCGGCAAGGACUAUUACUCCAUAGCUCCGAACUAUGAUGCGUUCUUCGGGUUGCUACGAGAUAUUGCUGGAGAGCCUGCACCGGGGACUACGGGCCGCAAGCUAGAGCCAUUCAACCCAGAGUGGAUGAAGGUAUGGGCAGCCAUGGUGGCUCCCAAGAUCCAGGGAUGGCAGCGAAAACGGAAGAGGGCCGAGGAGGAACUUGGACCAGUGAGGGCCAAGCUUUGA